AUGCCUACCCUGCCUUCUUUUUGCCGAAUUUCUGUUUGUCAACAAAAAAUUAUUUUUAUGCAGGUCUUUUCUACAAUUACUACUAUUGGCUAUGGAUAUCUCUAUCCAGUAACGAGUGCUGGAAGAAUUCUUUCCAUCCUUAUCAGCCUUAUCGGCAUCCCUUUCACAAUCAUUGUGAUAAAAGAUUUAGCGUAUAUCAUUGCAAAACUGAUGAAUUAUCCUAGCGUCUUACUAGUCAAGUGCUGGGCAGCUUUUCGAUUCUGUACGCUUCGAGCGAUUGAUGAAGAUGAAUUGGAUAAAAAACUGCAUGGAGAACAUGCUGAGAGGAAGGACUAUCGCCUUCAAAACACAGAAAGGCUGCUUGCUAUACCCGUAAGAAUCAACAAAAUAAAAAUAUUGCGCUAGAC